GCCCCACAAAGAAGCUUCCUGGCCAGGACAAGGUCAGGUGAGUGAGGCGUCCUUCUCAGGCACAGAGUUUUGAAAAAGAGCACAAAGAAAGCCUCCAUAAUUGUAUUCGUUUGCAAGGGCUGCUGUAACAGUACCACAAACUGCGUGGCUUAAAACCAUAGAAAUGUACUCCAUACAGUUUGGAGCCUGGAUCAGGUGUCACCUUCUUUGCGUGUCUUAGCUUCUGUGGCUCCCAGUGAUCCUUGGUUUAUGGCAGCAUAACUCUAAUCUCUGCCUCUGUCUUAACGUGGAUCGUUUCCCUGUGUGUCUGCUCUGUGCCUCAGUGUGUCUCCAGAUCUCCCUCUUUUUAUAAGGACACCAAUCAAUGGGUUUAGGGCCAGCCACAAUCAGUGUGACCUCAUCUUAACUAAUUACAUCUGCAAAGGCUGGGUUCCCAAGGUGAGCACCCCAAGAGAGCAGACCGAGUGAGAGCUGUACUGCCCAUUUUUGGUAUUACCUUUUAUGACUAGUAUUGGAAAUCACAUCAGAAUCUAACACAUUCUGUUCAUUAGAAGUGAGUCACUAAUGUGAGCCCAUAUUCAAAGGGAGGGAAAUUCUGACUCCUUGAUGGUAGCAAUGGCAAAGAAUUAGGUAUGUUUUAAAUCCAUAUUUAAGAUAAAUAUUUUUCUUUUCUAUGGUGGUGGUCUACACACACUAAUCUUUCCCUUAUGAACGGACUCGAUCUAGUGCUGUUAAUACAAUCUAGCAGUUGUGGCCGUGGGAGGCUUUCCCUGAAGCCUGGUUAUAAAGAAAAGUGACAUGGAAAGAGACGGUCCUAAGUCACCACUGUGUCACAUUCCUAAGAAGCCUUCCGUCCCUUGCUAUUUUUCGGCUUACUAAGUUGAAACUCCUAUGCCUGGCUUUCAUUUGUUUGUUUUAUGAGGGGGAGGUAAUUAGGUUUAUUUAUUUCUAUUUGGAGGAGGUACUGGGGAUUGAACCCAGGACCUUGUGCAUCCCAAACGUGUGCUCUACCACUUGAGCUAUACCCUCUCCCUAUGUCUGGCUUUUAAGAGCCGUCAUUCUGACUCUGUCCCUUCUAAGGCAACAUUGUAUUGUUUUGUUUUGUUUUGUUUUAUUGUAUUUCAUUUCAUUUUUUAUUUUAUUUAUUUUCUUCCUUCCUUCCUUCCUUUCUUCCUUUCACUUGUGUCAGUGACUAAGCUCUUGUCUCUCAUCUCCAUACCAGCCCUCCAUACCAGGCUGCCAGGCUGAGAGAUAAAGGGCAAGACUCUGCAACCUUAUUUCAGCUUUGCCAGGUGCUGCCUGUUAGGGGCGCUAGAGAAGGAAGACUGGAAACCUGGAUAACAGCAGAGAUUGCUCCUUCCUGUUUGUUUGUGGAACUUUCUAGGGGCUUCCUGUUUACUUGCAGUUUUUCUCAGGGGGCCCACCAACACUUCACCCCAGCAGAGGCAGUUUCUUCCUGCAGCAGCUCAGUCCAGUGUGCAGCUUUACCAAGACUUGAAGAGCCUGAGAGACAUCAGAACUAACUGGACACUUCUCCUCAGAUUAUAGUGGGACCAUGGACCUGUUCGGAGACAUAGAUGACAUUUCUUCUGAGAGUGAUGGGGACAAUCAACCACCUAUUCCAGGACAGCCUGUUGAUGGACGUGGAGUGCCGCAGGACCAGCAGGAGGAAGAGCCGAUUUCUGAAACCAAAAUAGAAGUAGAAAUUCCCAGUAUCUACUCUGAUUUAGGAAAUGUAUUGUACUUUGUUAAACUACCCAGAUUUCUCAGCAUAGAACCCAAGCCUUUUGAUCCUCAGUAUUAUGAAGAUGAAUUUGAAGAUGAGAAAAUGCUUGACGAGGAAGAUAGAACCAGGAUAAAAUUAAAGGUGGAAAAUACUUUACGAUGGAGGAUACGCCGGGACAAAGAAGGAAAUAAAAUUAAAGAAAGCAAUGCUCGGAUAGUCAAGUGGUCAGAUGGGAGCCUGUCCCUGCACUUAGGCAGUGAGGUGUUUGAUGUCUACAAAGCCCCGCUGCUGGGCAAUUACAACCACCUGUUCAUUCGCGAAGACACGGGUCUGCGGGGACAAGCCGUCUUCAAAUCCAAACUCACCUUUAGACCUCACUCUACAGACUAUGCCACGCAUAAAAAGAUGACCCUGCCACUUGCUAAUAGAUGCUCGGGGAUACAGAAGAUUAGAAUCUUACCAAUGGCUGGUCGUGAUCCUGAAUGCCAACGCAUAGAGAUGAUUAAGAAAGAAGAAGAACGUUUGAGGGCUUCUGCUCACCAGGAGACAAUGUAUUUGCGGGAGAAGCAGAACCAGCAGGGGCCGAGCCCCGCCUGCCAGGACCACAGCAGUGAUGAGAGGGAGGAGGAGGUUGAGAUGCCAUCAGAAACCAUUCCCGAGGGGCGUGCCAAGCAGGUGAACCCUCCAGAAAGAGGAAAGCAGGGCAUGAAGAGGAAGAGGAUGACUGAAGCAUAAAACGUGCACUCACUGUAAAUAUGGUAAAGACAGUGACGAAAUGUUUUGAUUCAAAUGAGGACUUGAGUUGCUUUUGCAUAAUCCUAGUUGUAAUUAAAAAAAAUAUUCAUAAGUAAGUUUGUGAUUUUAGAAAAUCCACUUUUCUCAAAUAGAAGCUUAUUUUGAUGACUGUUUGCUCUGGGUCUUGGGUGUCGUGCAUCCUUGCUGCUCUGCCUCACCCCGUCCCCCUGGCCCAGCCCAGAGAUGGGUUAAGUUCAGCUCGGGCAUCACCUUCUCCAGUGUCCUCCCUGGCCUGCCCAGCAGGGUUCGGGGCCCUGCGUGCUGCGUUGGCAGGACACUAACUUGCCACUGACCCCGCCGCCCUGUUACCUUGUCAGCGCAGGACAGCACGGGAGGGCUCACUGGAGACUCAGGGCUUUGCCAAGUGCUGUACAGGCCUUACCAAGUCUAAUCCUCAGAACAACUCGACGGGUGGGUGCCCGUUCUCAUUUUACAGAUGUAAACUUCAAGGGGAAUUUCUUUAUUCCUCAAGUUUCAGAAAUGAAUUAUCUAAUGUUUACCCCUAAAAGUUUCCUCAAGCCCAUUACACAUUUCACUGACUUUCUCUUUUGGCUGAUGGAUACAGGUGACUGAUAAGAGACGCCUUUGUUUUACUGCAAAAAUAACCUCUAUUAGCAGGAUUGGCUCCCACCGGGUCCAGGCUGCACUGUAUCCUAGGACCCCGUUUUCUUCACAUUCGUCAACUCAAUUCAGUUUUACGGACAGACCAGACCAAGUACUGAUGGUAUGAUAUUGAACCAUAUGAACUUACUGCUUUUGUGGGUAUAAAUGGUCAAGUACUGACUAUUUUAUAUGGUUUAACUUA